UCUGAGCAGAGGAACUGGGGAGCUUGUAGCUAUGGAGUACGAGGACGGCCACCGUCCCUCGCAGAUUGGAACUCGCAUUCUGCAGCUGCGUGGUCUCGAAGCGGAGCGUGUGUCGAGGAUACAUCCCGUGCUGGCUUGUUGUUUCCAGUGUCGCUCGUGUGGUAUUUCUCAUGUCUUGGAUCAUUACGUCUUUUCAUCAAAAUGUGGAUGUAGAAGACCUGGCGCGCGAAGGAGUCAAUUGCGAAGGUGAUUCGUGAGAUUUCUGAGAUGUUUAUGGUGGAGGUUGUCAUCGUUGGAUCUGUUGCUGAACUUCGGGUGGGCGUAGGAAAUUGCUGUGGCUGUGCUUAGUGAUCGAGGGAGGUCCGCGAAGAUGAAUCAGCCAAAUUCGAAGGGUCUUAUGACUGGUAGUGCGGAAGAAUCCACAGAGCCUAUAGAGUGGGAGAUGCGGCCUGGAGGCAUGCUGGUGCAGAAGAGGGAUCCUGAUGCAGCAGUGGCAACCGGACCUCUAGUUAAAAUCAAAGUGUCACAUGGUCUUUUCGGCCACGACGUCAGUGUUCCUGCUCACUCCACAUUUGGUGAUUUGAAGAGGUUACUGGUUGGAGACACGGGUUUGCAGCCCUCUGAAAUGCGGCUCCUUUUUAGAGGCAAAGAGAAGGAGGAUGGCGAGCCUCUUCACUUAGCGGGGGUUAAGGAUAAGGCUAAGAUCAUUCUUGUGGAGGAUCCAGCUGCUCGAGAAAAGAAAAUUCAAGAGCAGCGCAGGUUGGAGCGCAUUGCAAAGACUUGUCACGCUAUCGGCAACAUCCGAGCGGAGGUCGACAAGUAUGCGUCACAAGUGUCAAGAUUUCAGACAGCAAUCAAGAGUGGAAAGAAACCAGCAGACCAAGAGAUGCUUGCUGUCAGUGAAAUGUUGAUGAGGCAGUUACUAAAGCUGGAUGGUAUUGAGGCAGAUGGUGAUGCGAAAGCAAUGAGGAGGACAGAGGUUAAGCGAAUUCAGAAUUUGGUGGAAAAAAUUGACAGCUUGAGGGGGCUGAGGAUGGAGCCUGACCCUCCCGCCACUGAUCCCACUGUGGUAGUGACAACCAAUUGGGAAACAUUUGACAACGGUUUGGGCAGUUUGAGUGCACCCCCACCAGCCUCUGACUCUCACCAAAAUACUGACUGGGAGACUUUUGAUUAGGUUUCGCUCUACUGACCUAUUCUUUCGCUUUGUUUCUUUAUAUAGUUUUUUCGAAUGAACGAUUCACUUUUUUCUGCACUGUAUAAUGGUUUUCAAAGCCUUAGUUUUUCAAGGUAGGUGAUUUGAAGAGUGAUGAGAACCCUGGCAUUUGUCCGUUUACUUAUAAUACAAUGCACAUGUAAUCUAUUGCAUGCAAUACAAUCUGGUAUAUCCAGCUGCAAUCUUGAUCAUUUUGAUCAGGGCCA